AUGCUCGACAAAGCACAAUUAAAUGCCGGCCAUCUCUUCGCGAACCUCCCAGAUGUGCGCGAACUGCUUCAAACGCAGCAUCGAGAGAGCCUGAUGGAAUGCAACUCCCGGGGUAUUGAUCAAAUGAAGGUGCUUCAUCAAUCAUUGCGCGAGGAGAGCAAGAUCAUCGAUGGCCACAACAAACACCGCCUUGGGAAGGCGAGAACCGCCUUCAAUGAUCGCGUUAUCGACCCCAUGAUUGCUGUAGAAUACAGGGAAGAAGAAAAUAUCCCUGCAGACCUCCAGUGGUAUCCACUACACGCUGAGGUUGCAAUCCACGAUGGGUACGCUACAGCUCAUCUCUUUAAUCAGCCUGAAAGUGACGAAGAAGACGGCCAAAACUAUCCAGAUGACCAACCUCCCUUCAUUGGAAAUGGAAACGAAAUCCCAAUUCCUGUCGCUCACCAAGACAUUGCUUCCAGUAAGAUUGUCAAAAGGAAACCGAUUCCCGAAGGAAGGAAAUCUACUGGCCCAGGUACCCCAUACUAUGAUAAACUGAAGAAUGCGCCUUCGGCUUGGCUAGAUCUUCCUCAUGGCAACCUAACUUUGGCAGAAACACUUGCUUUCAUUCCGCAUGCCAUCAAAUCCUUCGACAUCAUGGACCGUUUUCUCCACAAUGGCGCCCUAUCGGGGACCUUCGCAGACAUGAUUAACCAUUACCGAGACAUGCCGUACGGUCCGAUCACGAACAAUACAAUAUAUCGGAUGAUGAAGGGACCAAUGAAGCAUCGCGCGAAGACCGAACCGACUUACGAGGAUUGGACAGUUGCCAAACAUACGACUUUGCCGAGACCCGCUGGAUUUGAUCCCACCAGUGUCAGCGUAGCAGGCUUUAACCCACCUUACAACUUCAACUCCCGUGAAAGGACUGUAGCAGCGACUCAACCCCCUCCUAGCAUUCCAUUUCGCGAUAUGGCAAACGGUGUCAAGAUCAUGCCGUCAGGGCAUGAUGCGCUAGAUCUUACACGAUGUGUGCAGUAUUGCGUGAAGAAUAGCGAUUCGAGCUGGCAAUAUCCUCAAGAUUUCCAGAACCUGGUUGCUCGACUCGGGGGUGCUUCUACUGUGCACCCACACCAUCACGACGAUGCUGCAAUUCGGAGACACACUUCCGAAAAGAAGCGGAACAAUGCGAAGCGAGCCGGUGCACGACAGCGUGAUAGGAAUGGGCGCCUCAUGAAACAGCCGAAGAACUUCGUGGUUGACUCGGAUGAAGAAGAGAUACUGGAUGAAGACUCUGGAGAGGAGUCUGAAACAGAUCUAGAUAACUUCGAUUUUGAUGCUUUGGACAUUGACGAUGAUGAGCCAGUCACUACCACUAAGCAGGGUUCGAGGCGUAAGAACGUCAUAGAAGAUGACACGUCGGACGAGGAUGAACUCAUGCCGCGCACCCGUAACUCAUCGAAACGCAAGCGUACUUCCAACAAAGACGACGAAGACACAUCAACUAAGCAAAAGUCCAAGCGAAGCAAGAAGACGUCGCCAACGACGCCUGCACGUCGCUCACCGAGAACCCGGUCGUCAUCACGCCUUAGCAAAGAGGUGCUGCCUGAAGCGCUCGACUCUGAUUCUGAUUCUGACGCUUAUGCCGGACCCAAGAAGCUGACCAAGAAGGCCAAAGUUAGCACACGAUCGUCUCCUCGCGGCCAGCGCUUCAGUGGCUCAUAUGAUAUCCAGAACGCCGUAGAUGGCGAAGAAGAUGAUGACGAAGAGGACGAGAAUGAAGUAGAACACACUCUAGCUCCGAACAGGCAGAUCCUUACUCCGGCGGAGAUGCGUAUGGUUGGCCGCACGGGGAACACGGGUGUAAACAACGUUGUCGAGGAUGACGAAAGCGAUAUGGGAGAAGAUGACGAGGACUUUGAUUGGUGA